AUGCUUCAUCUUGGUAGCAGGUUCUUGGUGCACGAGGGUUGUAUAAAGCCAUUUUGCGAUCUUCUAGUUGGUCCCACCGAUAUCAUCGAAUACUGCUUGGAAGGCCUUGAGAACAUUCUGAAGGUUGGAGAAGCUGAGAAGAACCGAGGUAACACCGAAGAUGUGAAUGUCUUUGCUCAGAUGAUUGAUGAUGCUGGGGGUCUUCAAAAGAUUAAGAACCUACAGACUCAUGAUAACAGUAUAAUGUGCGAAAUGGCCGUGAGGAUACUGGAAACUUAUUGGCAGGAAGAGGAUGAUGAGCAGAUGCCUACUGGUGAUGCUCCAUAA